AUGAAGUUCUUUCUUGCUCUCAUCCACGCCGCCGCCGCCGCCGCCGCGUCCCAAGUGGGGGACCGCCCAAUCACGCUGGUGUUUGACAGCCUUGAGCCCCGGGAUACCACGGGCAUGGCCAUCUCCAAAGACCAAAGCGUGGCAGUUCAAUUCCGCAGCCCCCCGGCGGUAGGAGGUUCUGACACCGUUUCUGACCACCCCACUGGACUGAAACUUGAAUUUGUCAACUUUACCGUCCGCACGAUCGACAUUCCCACCAACGCGUCGCUGUGGUUGCAAGCUGACUUGUGCCCCCCUGACGACAGAGGCUUGCCCGGGUGCACCAAGGCCUGUGCCACCCCGCGUAUCCCCAUCCAAGAAUUCGGCGAAGAGGUCACGUUCCAAUGGUUCCCCCAGUCCCCUAUUGAACUUGCGCCCAGCACCACGUACUGGUUCACGGUGCUCUCGAACGGCGAAACCAAGAACAAGUUGCCCGUCUGGUUGUAUGGCACCGAGGAGUACUCGACCACGAACGACCCCAAGGCUGACGUACAGCUCGCGUACACCGACACCAAAGGCGGCCUCUGGGGGUUAGCAGGCUCGUUCGAUGUCAGCAUAGUGCCGUCGCUCCAAGUAUUUGUCGUGAAACCCCGCGACAUUCUGGUGGAGCUGCAGGGUAGGUAUUUGCAAAGGAAGCACGGAAAGAUAUCGACAGAAGAACCCACGACGACAGCAGUGCGCCAAUUACGCCGUCUGGCGGCUGAAGCCCCAGAGUUUGGACUCCUGGCCACUCUAAUUGCGAAAGAAGCCACUGGUCACGGGUCUGGUCCGGUAGACGGACAUGGCGGCGCGCGAGUAUCGAAUCCGGGACAGGAGCGGGAGGCUAAUAGGUCGCCACAAAUGUCGCCUCCCACAGACUGUCCGGUGACGCGGUCAACUUUGAAGAUCCUGAACCAGUACCGACGGUUCAACCCCAACCCUGGCCAGGACCAGAUGGUCGAAUUAUUUCUACGGGCUGCGGAAACCCAUGAAAGUUUCCGUCAGGAUGAGUUCCAGAAGGCCCUGACCUACUUCCGGCACUACUAUACUUGGGAGCUGGACGUUGCCCGGGCUCUGGCCUCCGAACUCGUGGGGGCACCCCGUUUGCAUGAAGAAAUCCUGUCCCGGGUCCAGAAAGAUGCGGAGCGGGUUCUCGAAGUUCGCCGCCGAGAGGACAACCUGUGUCACGACGGCCUCAUGUCCAGUCUCCGGGAACUACUCCAGACCCUCCAGCGGAAUCAUCAUGGGGAAAUCCGUCUAGUACGGAAAGUUUCCCGUGACGAGGACAACUCGAAGAGGGUUGCCUAUUUCCUACUCCAGUACGACCGGGGCCUGGUUUCGGCCCAGGACGAGGUCCAGUCGAAGGCUUCGGAAUUCGAGUCGAAGAAAAAGCAGGACCUCCGCGAAGCCCUACGCGAAGGGGAACGGAGUCUGGAGGAGGAAGAGUCUAUCCUGGCCGAGCAGAAUCGGUACGAACAGACACUGCUUUCGGAACAAGGAUGCCGCCAGGACCUCGAACAGUUGGUCCAGGAGAAGUUCAUGACACUUACCCAAGAACGCGCUCAGUCCGGAGAAGAUCCCUCAUCCCUCGCACGGAAUCAGCUGAAACGGGAGAGGCAUACCAAUGAAGAGGUGCUGUGCCAAAUAGAGCAAGCGCGCACCCGUUUGGAAACGGAGAAGUUGCAGUUGCGGGGACAAGGGGCUACCCUGUUCAGAGAACGGUCGGUCCAGGGCCUCACUCUGAGCCUGGUGUAUGCGGAGUUGGAACGUCAGAGGGCCCAGCUACAAGUCGAACAAAGAGCUGUGGAACUCCAACAAAAGACUCUUCGGAAGACGAACAACGCCCCGUUCGCGACAUAUGGGACUCCGGCUCUGUCCCGGAUGGGGUCCCCGUCUAAAGGAAGCGGUGUCACGCAUACUACAUUUACUAUGGCGCCCUUGCUCCCGGUCACCCGCUCAAACACGCCUACGCAUCGCCGAGCCUUUGACCAAACCUGUUUUAUGCAGCAGACUGAGGCUUCGCCCCGGAUGUCACCGACGUUUACAGUCCGGGACGCCAUGCCGCUACAGUUUGUGCCAACGGCGUCUAUAAUGCCGCAACUCAACCGCAAUACCGACUCGUACCCGGCCUCAGGGGACUAUGGUCAGCUGGUCGGAGUUGAGUACGCGCAGUUCUCCCCUAGUGAUACCGGGUCGGGGUAUAACCCACCGCCCUCCUAUGGUCCAGAAUCCGGUGGUGGAGGUUUACAGUCCCGGGGCGGCUACGGGGGUGGUCACUCAGGUCGAACGAAUCCUCCCGCACCUCCUGGAAGUGGACCGAAUGGGGGUCACUAUGGUGGACCUUCGGCUGCCGAGGUGACCCUCCGGGACCUCCUGGAGGACCCGGAUAUGGAAGACGACCAACGCACCCCUAGAGUCCCGUUCCGCUGCACGUCAGGCCAUGUCCGAUGCUCGGAAGUUCGCGCCCAACGAUGCCGCGUGCCUCCGGCGAGCCUCUGUACUAUCGAAAGCAGCCUGGACUACCUGAUUGAGCGAGAUGUGGACAUCGACAGACGAACGGAGGACUCAUACAUGAUCGAAGAUACCUCCCCCGGGAACUCGGCGACUAUCGAACCCUGGACUGCUCCGGGGCUGGGCGACGAUACGAAGAAUGGUAUGGCGAGCCGACCCCCGCAAACGAAGGGAGUCCCGGACUCUGCUUACAAGGACAUGCAACAAGAGGGCGGGUUACAGCAGCGCCCUGAAGACAAGUUACAGACAGAAGCCACAAUGCUACCUCCCUCCGACGAGAGGCACGGACCGGGUGCGCAACCGCGCCCCGACCUCUCCCGGAAGACAGCACCGUGA